GCAGGCAGCGGGGCGGGCGCAGGAUGAGGGCGGCCAUUGCUGGGGCUCCGCCGCGGGGAGGAGGACGCUGAGGAGGCGCCGAGCAGCGCAACGCUGCGGGGGAGGCGCCCGCGCCGAAGCGGGGCUCAUGGCCAGGACCACCAGCCAGCUGUAUGAUGCUGUUCCUAUUCAGUCCAGUGUGGUGCUAUGUUCCUGCCCAUCCCCAUCAAUGGUGAGGUCCCAGACUGAAUCCAGUUCGGCCCCUGGCAUGCCUAGUGGUGUUACCAGGCAGGGACCCACCAUGGAUGGCACCACAGCCGAAGCCCGACCAAAUACCAACCCCUUGCAGCAGCACCCUGCCCAGCUGCCACCACAGCCUCGCAAGAAGCGGCCUGAAGACUUCAAGUUUGGGAAAAUCCUUGGCGAGGGCUCUUUUUCGACAGUUGUUCUGGCCCGAGAACUGGCCACUUCCAGAGAAUAUGCUAUUAAAAUUCUGGAGAAACGUCAUAUUAUAAAAGAGAACAAAGUCCCAUACGUAACUAGAGAGAGAGAUGUGAUGUCACGCCUGGAUCACCCAUUCUUUGUGAAACUUUACUUUACAUUUCAGGACGACGAAAAGUUGUAUUUUGGCCUAAGUUAUGCCAAAAAUGGAGAAUUACUUAAAUACAUCCGCAAAAUCGGUUCAUUUGAUGAAACCUGUACCCGCUUUUACACGGCUGAGAUUGUGUCUGCUUUAGAGUACUUGCAUGGAAAGGGCAUCAUUCACAGAGACCUUAAACCAGAAAACAUUUUGUUAAAUGAAGACAUGCACAUCCAGAUCACAGAUUUUGGAACAGCAAAAGUGUUAUCCCCAGAGAGCAAACAAGCCAGGGCCAACUCAUUUGUAGGAACAGCACAGUAUGUUUCUCCAGAGCUGCUCACAGAGAAGUCGGCGUGUAAGAGUUCAGACCUUUGGGCUCUUGGAUGUAUAAUCUAUCAGCUUGUGGCAGGACUUCCACCGUUCAGAGCCGGAAAUGAGUAUCUUAUAUUUCAGAAGAUUAUUAAGCUGGAAUAUGAUUUCCCAGAGAAAUUCUUUCCUAAGGCAAGAGAUCUUGUGGAAAAACUCUUGGUUUUAGAUGCCACAAAGCGUUUAGGCUGUGAAGAGAUGGAAGGGUACGAGCCUCUCAAAGCUCAUCCAUUCUUUGAGUCCAUCACAUGGGAGAAUCUGCACCAGCAGACACCUCCAAAACUUACAGCUUACUUGCCAGCCAUGUCAGAAGAUGAUGAAGACUGCUAUGGCAACUAUGACAAUCUCCUGAGUCAGUUUGGCUGCAUGCAGGUGUCAUCCUCCUCCUCUUCCCACUCCCUAUCUGCGGUGGAUACCAGCCUGCCCCAGAGGUCGGGCAGCAACAUAGAGCAGUACAUCCAUGAUUUGGACACUAACUCUUUUGAACUAGACUUACAGUUUUCAGAAGAUGAAAAAAGGUUGUUAUUGGAAAAGCAAGCCGGUGGAAACCCUUGGCACCAGUUUGUAGAAAAUAAUCUAAUAUUAAAAAUGGGCCCGGUGGAUAAGCGAAAGGGUUUAUUUGCAAGACGACGGCAGUUAUUACUCACAGAAGGGCCACAUUUAUAUUAUGUUGAUCCUGUCAACAAAGUCUUGAAAGGUGAAAUUCCAUGGUCACAAGAACUCCGACCAGAGGCCAAGAAUUUUAAAACUUUUUUUGUCCACACGCCUAACAGGACGUAUUACCUGAUGGAUCCAAGCGGGAAUGCUCACAAGUGGUGCAGAAAGAUCCAGGAGGUUUGGAGGCAGCGGUACCAGAGCCAUCCAGAUGCCGCUGUGCAGUGACGCGGCCUGCGGCCGGGCUGCCUAUCGCUGCCAGGACACCUGCCCCAGCGCGGCUCGGCCGCCACCCAGGACGCUUCCAGACCACCUGCCAGCCAUCUCAAGGAGAACAUGGAUGGUGGAAACCUUGCAGCUUUUUUAUUUAAAAGAAAAGAAAAAAAGAACCCAGCCACACAAAGAACAAAACAAAUAACCAACAAACAGGAAUUCAGGGUCGCUUUGCUUGCUCUCUGUGCUAUGUGGUGGCUUCCAUGUGCUGCUGUGGCCAUGGAGACCCAGCUCCUUGCACGGUAGCUCAGCUUCUGCCCAGACCAGUGACCAGAUUUGGCAUCCCCAGCCCCCUCCUAGCAUCCACAGGAACUGCAUGCCUGCUUCUACCCUUCCCCACCUGAUAAACACAGCUCCUGCUGUAACUGAGGGACCGGGUGUAUCUGGCUCUCCUUCAUCAGAGAGCCUCUCUACUCUGCUGGGUUGAUCACCAGCUCACUGUGGGUACAGGGCUCUUAGCUUGUGUGUGUACCUCCUUCCUUGAGUCCCUUAUAUGGCCCUAGAGAUGUGGUCAGGUAUGUUUCUGAUGACAGAAUUUCUGUGGUUCCUGCCCUACCGUAGGCAGGCUGAUGGUGAGAAGUGUGCAGGCUGCUGUGGUUACAGUCUGCUCUCAUUGGGCUCUGCUCUAGCAUUCCACUUCCUAGCAGUUCAUCCAGGGAAUGAGGCACCAAGCACGUGUCCAGCAGGGGUGCUGUCAUACCAGCACCUAGAUAACACCAACUAGAUCACUAUCAGGUACAGAAUCCUGCCCUGACCUGGACAAGACUCGAGCUCCCAUGUGGAGGAGUGGUGUUCAGGCCUUCCUGGGAGUUUCUGCAUACGUUUUCAUGUGUAGGCCACAUGCUCUGUUAGACAGGGACUGAGAAAAUCCCAGGUUGUGUGCCAAUCUCCUGCCCGGUCUCUCAGCUAGCUCAGUUUUAUAUCUCUGUUGAAAAUCUGAAAGCCUUUUCAUGUUGCUUGGUCACUUGGUAACAUAAAGCAUGGACCUUGCCUGGAAAGAAUGUUACCACUGUCUAGCUCACAGGGACAGCCCACCCAAGCCUGAGCUUGCCUGUGCUGGCAUACCCUGAUGCUGAGUUGACAGUGUUUUGUUUUGUGAUACAGAUGGCCUGGACUAUUUCAGUACACUUGCAGAGUGCUUCUGAGCGACUUGGCUGUACCUCUCUCUGACUAGGAUAUCCCUAAUGGGUGACCCUUGGUAUCUAGUGGGGAAAAGUAGGCACCUGCCUUCAUAGAUUGCUCACAGGAACACCUCUGACUCCCAUGUUGUGAAGGCAGCAACAAUUUUGCCAUUUAUAUAGACUUUCACAAAGGCACUCCAAAAAUGCCCACACAGCAAUUACCCCUGUCCACAGUGACCACCUGUGGGCCAGGUUACCCAAACUGAGGGGGGAAAAAUUCUGUUUAACAAUAAGAGUGGUCCUUUCAAACUGGGUGGAGUGUAGAUGAAAAGCUCACCAUCAUGCCUUGGCAGGGGUGCUGGAUGGGAGCAGACUUUGCUAUAUUGUAUGAUAAGAGCUUUAGGUGACCAAGGAGCAGGUGUCAGGACCACACCUGCCCCUUGGACCCAGGGAACAGAUAGCUUAGCACGCUAUCAGCCUGUGAGUGGAAGUAGACACUUUUUUUCCUGGUUUUUGAAGAACCAUGUUAGCUAAACUUGGCUGUCUCCUCCUUAGAGUCCUGUUCUUGCUCAUGCCUUGUGGCUAUUUAGCCCUCAGUAUCCUGUGCCCUGUGUUUGCACGUAUAAGAGUGGCUUCCUGGUUGUCACAUGCAUGUAGAUACAGGGAGAGGCAUCUCUGAGGACACUUAACUACAGGGGACCAUUUGGGGCUGAGGCAUGGCUUAAGUUAGAACACCUGGCUGGCUUAUGGGAGAGUCCUCUGUUGCUUUCUCCCCUGGAGAGCAACGCUACCUCCUGGGCUUUACCAAGUGCCAUCCUAACCUCUAAAAUUAGGGUUUAGCUGAACUGGUAGUGGGUGGCCAUGAUGACUGCCCUAUGCUACAAUAGCUGAGCUCUUCCCAGGUCACCUUUAUAUCCUUACUGCCCCCUUUUCCUUGAUAUUUUUUUUCCCCUUUAAGAACCAUGUACAUUCUUUCUUACCCUGGCUUAUAUCACUUUCGGUUUUUUCCAGUCAUCCUUAGAGCCGUCACCCAGUGUGCAGGUGCCUUACACUGUAGGACAGGAUGUGGGUAUCAGUUUGUACAAUUUUGUCUGUGUGUGUGUGCAUGUGUGUGUGUGUAUAAAAGCAAAUGGGGGAAUCUAUCUAAGGAGAAAAAGAAAUGUCUCAUUAGGAGCUCCAGAAGUCAUGUGAAUGGUAAGAAUGAAUAGAAAGUUGAAGACUGUCCUCUGGCUUCUCACAGUGGACUGUACCUCACUACCCACUAGCCAUGCCUUUUCUUGGUGUCACAAAUGAAGUUGAGCUUGAAUAGGUUAUUUCUACCUGUUUUUCUGUGCUCUGGCUGGGUGGUGGACAUAUCCAUGUAGCUAAACUCUAACCUAGUAGAUGCAGUAAAAAACCACUUUGAGAAAGAUGACUUGUGUUAGGCUGGUAGAAACUGCACCUGCUGCAGCACUCUUUGGGCUAAAAACCCUAGUGUUGUGAUCCAAGCUUGAAGUAACUUUGCAGAUAGCCAAGUGUGGCACAGACUCCUAGUGCCAGCAACGGGGCUGUAGGUGAUUGUGUGCUUUCUUAAAAGUAAUGUUUUCUGAAAGUUAAGGAAAAAAAAGAAAGGCCCAUUAUUCAGAGACCACUGUGAGCAUUUUGAUGUAGAUCCUGCUUUUCCCUCCCCAACUUUUUGUUGUUGUCAUUGUUGUCCCAGUGCUGGGAAUGGAAUCAGGGCCCUCAGAAGUGCUAAGCAAGUCCUCUACCACUGAGCUACACCCUUAGCCCUUGUUUGCUUUUUAAACCAAACUGGGAACAUACGACACAUCAUUUUGCAUCCAGCCUUUUCUCUUGACAUUUUUUCCCUUAAGCAUUUCUCUAUACCACGAGCAGUUCUUCAAAAGCAUGUUUUUAAUAAUUGUGGACUCAAAUGGUUGGUUUAUAAGUUAUCCAACUGUCUCCCUGUUGUAAAACAUUCAGAUCCUUUUGGGUUUUUUGUUAUUUGUUUGUUUGUUUGUUUGUUUUUGCUAUUUAAAUAAUGCUCUGGUGAAUAUACUUACGUCUUUGAUUUUUACUCUGAUUUUUUUCUCUGCAAGUGGUAUUUUUGGGUCAAAGAAUUUGUUCAUUUCAUAGCUGUUCCUCCUCUUUGGUCUGUUUAGAUGCUCUGAGUUCCAGUAAUAAACCCUCCUUCCUCAUGUCCUACAGAUUUUGAUCACAUCAGUUCCUGCUAAACUGUGUAUUCCCAAGAAAGUUUGACUAUGACUGCUUUUUUUUUUAAUCUAAAAUGUCAUUAGUGCAGAUCCAUUUGUGUCAAAUUUUUCCAAAAGCCCAGUUUCUUCAUUUUCAUUGCAAGAAUCUGGUCAUGCAUGUUACUUCUUCCAUCAUUGCUGCUAUGACUUCCAAGAGCUUGGUGAUGUUUUCAGAAUCCUGUACUUUGUGUCCACAAUGGUACUGAAUCUGCUUCUGCACAGUCAGCAGAGAUAAAGUGUUGAACUGACCUUGCCACAUUUUUAAUGGGUAAUUCGUAAUUACGUUUAUAGACCCAGAGAGUGCAUUUGGCCAUCUUGGGAUCAGUAGCAAAGCAGAGUAGCAAAGCUCUAAUUGAAAAAAAACCAUGUAGAUGAUUGGGUUUUAUAAACGUACAGUUGUGAGUGUCCUUGCUCCACCCCCAACCCCCCCAGAUUAGCAGUUCGGGAGAGUGCAGUGGCCAGACCUUCUCAUUGCAGAGGAUGGGUAUUCCAGCUGAUGCUUAUGUAAACCUUCCUGUUUGCUGCAGGUAAUUAUGGUCUUUGAAUAAAGCCCACACACCCAAAUUGGGUUGUAUCUGUUUUGUGGGGCCUCUACUUGGAAACAUGAAGUAAAGAUUUACUGGGCACCAUACUCAGUGUUACCUGAUUCUACCAGAGUGUAGGGCUCGAGAUGUGUGAAAAUCAGCUCCCCGCUUUCUCAUGCCUCAAGACUUCUCCCUACUGCUCCAUAGACUCAGGGUGCUUAUAGCUGAGACUUGGGAGACUGUAGCAACUCAUGAGUAUGGUGAAGAUACCAUGUUCCUAGAGAUGUUGCAGUACACCUUUUCCAUUUUUUUUUCAUUGCAAAACCCAACAUAAACUGACUCCAGUAGGGGUAGCACCUCUUAGGUACAAUGUAUGACAAGGGCCCUGGCAUAUUAGAUGGGACUGAGACCACUCUCAGAGCCUCUGAUGAUAACUGGCAUCUGGCCUAACACUUAAGGGUUUUAAGUCAGAAUGGUUGUGGAAAAAUGGCCUAGGAAGGAAGCUGUUUCUGUCAAAGCACCUAUGCAGUGGUAAGCAAAUGAAUUAACCAAUGUGAAUACCUGGAAAUUCCCUGUAUCUGAAUGAAGAAUUCAAACUGUACAGAAGGUCUUACAAAAGGCAAAUUUCCCCCUCAUGUCGUCCAGCCUAGUUUAAUCAUCUGGGUUAGUGACUACAAGUGAGUCAUUGUGCAGGUAAAAGCCUCCAUUAUGACCAUUGUUUGAUUGGACAUUGGCAAAUUAAACUGUUACAGUAUUUAGAGCUGCUGCGGCUGUUUCAUAGCCACAUACAGUAGGAUGAAUCAAUAGUCUACUGCUGUCGUUCAGGUUGGUGGCAGUCAGAACAUGUGUAAUAUUCUCUACCUGGUCUGUAGCUGUAACUGUGAUGUACAGGCAAAGCAAAAAUUAAAAAUACUUAUGAAAACAGAUAAUGCAAUGAUACUAGGAUAUACACUUUUGUAUUUUUAUUCUUAUAUAAGGUUAUUUGCUGGCUAUUGUCGGCCUCUAGUUCAGUCUGUUAUUUAAAUUCUAAUAUAUGAAUUAUUUGGAUUGAAUUCAUGUUUGGGGCCACGUUGUUGUAUGUAUUGAUGUACAGCCUUGAAUGUGAAUAAUUAUUGUAAACUAUAUUUUACAACUUUUUCCUGGCUUUAUUAUAUAAAUUUUCUAUUUGGUCAUGGUUUAAUCAUAUAAUUUAAUGAAACAAUUUUUUCUUUUUUUUUUCAAAUAUCUGUGCUUUAGAUGUAAUUACCGGAUGAUGGAUUUCCCUCGUAUGCUCGGUAGUCUUGUAAUAAAAGCAUGUAGAGUGUA